UUUGCUUUGGUUUUUUUGUUUUCGUGUUUUGGUUGGUUUUUUUUUUUUUUUUUUUCUUUUUUUCUUUUUUUUUUUUUGUUAUUUUUUUUCUCCCCUAAGUCCUGAAGUUGAGUUUUAGAGGCGACACGGCGGCUUCAGCCGAUUUCUUCCCCUUCCUUUGCCUCCCCAUGGAUAUGCACUGCAAGGCAGACCCCUUCUCAGCAAUGCACCCAGGGCACGGGGGUGUGAACCAGCUCGGGGGGGUGUUUGUGAACGGCAGGCCCCUACCUGACGUGGUGAGACAAAGGAUAGUGGAGCUGGCUCACCAGGGGGUGCGACCCUGUGACAUUUCCAGGCAGCUGCGGGUCAGCCACGGUUGUGUCAGCAAGAUCCUGGGCAGGUAUUAUGAGACGGGGAGCAUCAAACCCGGCGUGAUCGGCGGCUCCAAACCCAAAGUGGCGACCCCCAAAGUAGUGGAUAAAAUCGCCGAGUACAAGAGACAAAACCCGACCAUGUUCGCCUGGGAGAUCCGGGACAGGCUACUGGCCGAGGGCAUCUGCGACAAUGACACGGUUCCCAGCGUCUCCUCCAUAAACAGGAUCAUCAGAACCAAAGUUCAGCAACCUUUUCACCCAACACCAGACGGGAGUGGGACAGGGGUGACUGCACCAGGACAUACUAUUGUGCCCAGCACAGCAUCCCCUCCCGUCUCCAGUGCCUCCAAUGAUCCAGUGGGCUCUUACUCCAUUAACGGGAUCCUGGGGAUUCCUCGGUCGAAUGGCGAGAAGAGGAAACGUGAUGAAGAUGUAUCCGAGGGCUCAGUUCCCAAUGGAGAUUCCCAGAGCAGCGUGGACAGUUUGCGGAAGCACCUUCGUGGGGACACUUUCACCCAGCAGCAGCUGGAGGCUUUAGAUCGAGUUUUUGAGCGUCCUUCUUACCCCGACGUCUUUCAGACAUCAGAGCACAUCAAAUCUGAGCAGGGAAAUGAGUACUCCCUCCCAGCUCUGACCCCUGGGCUCGAUGAAGUCAAAUCAAGUCUAUCCACCUCUGCUAACCCAGACCUGGGGACAAAUGUGUCAGGACCCCAGACGUACCCCGUGGUGACCGGUCGUGACAUGGCAAGCACCACCUUGCCUGGCUACCCACCCCAUGUUCCUCCGACUGGGCAAGGCAGCUACCCCACCUCAACCCUUGCAGGAAUGGUUCCUGGGAGCGAGUUCUCAGGGAACCCCUACAGCCACCCUCAGUACACAACCUACAACGAGGCCUGGAGGUUCAGCAACCCCGCGCUACUAAUGCCACAUCCCGGGGCUCCGCACCUCCCACUGCUGCCGCUGCCUAUGACCGCCACUAGUUACCAUGGAAACCACAUGAAACUGCAGGGCGACAGCUUAGGCCUCCACAUUGUACCUGUCUGAUCACCUCCCUCCAUCCCUGGGAAGGCUGAAGAGACCUUCUC